CCUAACAGUAUUGUUUUGGGGAGUGCAAUGCGCCGGUUUCCCUGGUGGGCCUCUGAACUAAAACAUACACCAGCAAGACCGUUGACUUCAAUUUCUGCGGGAUUGAUUGUCAUUAAAUUACACAAGCGGUUAAAGUUACCUUCUUUGUUUAGAGAAUUCAGCGCACGGUUUUUUUUUUUUUUUCCUCGCUCCUCCUUUUCCUAGACUGGCGGGAGAUCUAAACGCCAAUCCUGCCGGAUAUUCAUAUGGUCAAAUAAUAGCUGUACAUCAAACAUGGCUUUACAGAAAACGGAAACUAUGCUGCGAGUUUACUCUGGGAACGAGAUGGCUUGCGGAUCCGUGGACCGGCGCUCGGAACCCGAUCCGGGGUCUCGGUUCUGGCCGAAGACUCGAGUUUCUCUCGAGCGAUUCCGAAGAUUACUGCUUUGCUCCAAAUGUGAAAGUCUGCUCAAGGAACCUGUGUGUUUGGGUGGAUGUGAGCACAUCUUUUGUUGGUCAUGUGCAGGCGUGUGUGUAAGUGCUGGCUGUUCCGUGUGUCAGGCUCCAGUCUGGGUGAAGCACAUCCACAUUAAUCGCCAGUUAGACAGCAUUGUGCAGCUUUGCAACAAACUGGAGGAGCUGGUGAAUCACAGAGACACUGCAGAUGUAAUAAAGGAUCCAAAACCAAUGCCAAGCAGUCCGCAGCGCGCUGCAAAUACCAAACCGAAGAAGAACUUUAAACUCUGGUUCAGCCCACGGAGCCGCAAAGUGAGAUGCAAGGUGCAGAAGCCAAAGGCAUCUUCAAGGGUAGAUCCACAGCAACAGAAAGAAAAGAGAGAGGGGGCCAAGGUAACCAACACUGUACCGGACACAGCUCACUUGUCCGUUUUCAAUUUUCCACCUUCUUCUUCAUCCCAGGGCUCUUUGAGCCCCCCUAGAAAACCUGCACCAAAAAGGAAGCCAACCGCCAAGGCAAGUAAAAAGAAAAGGCUGAAAGACAUCAACCAAGAGUGGGGAUUCGGGAAGAAGAGGACUGGACAAAGACAGAAUAAGGAAAAACAAGAGAAAGAGGAGGAGGUUGAUGAGGAAAGGCAGGUCAAUGAACUUUCAUCCAAGAAAGUGGUAUCCUUCCUCCGCAGCCCUUCUGCGGAGAUGGAGGCUGGAGAAUCUGAGGAACCCAAGGUAAAUGUUCCUCAAGUUGAAGUUGAGUCCAGGAUAGGACCUUUACACACGGGCAGGACCUUAAAGAAGGGGAACGUGGUUGAGGAUGGUCCAGCCACUGAGGGGAACAGUGAUGAUGAGACCAACCAGGAAAGUCCAAGGCCAAGUUCUCCAGGAACCAAAGAUCCUUUAGGGCAAAGUCCCAAACGGUCAAGCUCAGUGUCUUCCAACCCCUCCACAUUGCAAAGCCAAACCACCAAGCGGCCAAGACAGGUACAGGAUUCAAGUGUUGAUAGCACUCCCAAGAGGCCCAGGAAGUGUUCUGACCAGAGAAGGAGCCCCUCAGAGUCAAGUGUGGUCCAGACGACUCCUCCUGAAAGCUCCCGUGCUUCCACCCCCUCCAGGAAAGGAAGAAGCAGCAGCAGAGAUCUGGGGGUAGCUCUUCCCACUUCUCCCCACACCCCUCUGUUGAAGUCCCAGAGUAGCAGUCUCCUAGGAUCCCCUGGUGUUCUCACCUCCCAAGGAAGCCCUGGAGUCACCAAGAAGAACCACAAAGGAGAGACCCUGCUGCACCUUGCAUGUAUUAAGGGCGAUGUAUCAUCAGUAGAGCAGCUGCUGGAGAGUGGAGCAGAUCCCAAUCUCAAAGACCAUGCAGGCUGGACCCCACUUCAUGAGGCCUGCAAUCAUGGGCACGUGAAGGUGGUGGAGCUGCUGCUGCAGCAGGGGGCGCUGUUGAACACCACCGGCUACCAGAACGAGUCCCCGCUGCACGACGCUGUGAAGAACGGACAUGCUGGCAUCGUGGAGCUCCUACUGCGCAAUGGAGCCUCCCAAGAAGUGCUUAACAUCUUCGGACUGCGGCCCAUUGACCAUGCAGAGACGGAUGAGAUGAGGGCUCUCCUACUGGCUGCACACAAGGGUCCCGCACCCAUCCCUGCCCCACACCCCCCUUGCCAGAGUCUCAGCAAGACCCCAGUCAGCCAGAGACGCAGCGUGUUGCUGAGCAGCGGCCUGACAAGAGCGCAGCAAUCCAAAGUGAACAAGCUGGCCACGCUGCUGAAAGCAGGGAAGAGCAACGAAUUCAAUAACUCGGUGACCCAUAUUAUCAUCUCAGGUGACCAUAUGCCAUGUACUAUGAAGUGCCUUCUGGGGGUCUUGACAGGCUGCUGGAUAUUGAAGUUUCAGUGGGUGACCGCUUGUCUGGAGGCCGGGGAGCAGGCACCGGAGCAGGAGUACGAAGUGGCUGAGGGUCCGCGCCGCGGCCGGCUGAACCGGGAGCAGCUGUUGCCCCGGCUCUUUGACGGCUGUCACUUCUACUUCCUGGGCUGCUUUAAGAAACCCCCGAAGGAGGACCUGGUGCGGCUGGUGAGGGAAGGCGGGGGUCAGAUCCUCUGCCGGCAGCCCAAGCCAGACAGCGACGUCACGCAGACCAUCAACACGGCCGCUUACCACGCCCCACCCAAGUCUGACCAGUCCUUCUGCACCCAGUACAUCCUGUACGAGCCCGGAGCCAGUGCCCUCCCCGAGAGGGUUCGCAUGGGCAAAGUGUGGUCCGCCCCGUCCUCCUGGCUCAUCCAAUGCAGCGCUGCCUUCCAGUUCCUACCCGUACCCGAGCCCAGCAGCUUAGAGGGGUGAUGGAACCUGUAUAUAUAAUCUCACCACCCGUAGGAACUACAAUGUUCUUUCCAGGUUUUCCUAGUCUGUGGUUCCUGCUGCCACUCUGUAAAUUCACUUCCUGGGCAGUGAGUAUUUAGGAUAGCUCCUGAUGCCAUAUGGAGCCCUUAGACUGUAAGUGUGAAGAUCAGGUGGGGUUCUGGUUGCACAGGGUGUGAAUUUUGUUAUUUUAUACUUUUGAUCCGUGGCAUGUGAAUAGUACUUGUAACAAGGCUUGUUCUGUAAUGUUGGCUCAAUCAAUAGAACUCCAAAGUCCCCCCAAAUUAAUCAACAUGUAUUGGGAGGUAUUUCCACCCCCUGCCUCCAUGAGUUACCUGUAUAAAUAUUAGAUAUAUACAUGUAUUUAAAUAAGCAUUUAUGAAAUGAGGCUGAACAUCCAUGGUAUAGAAAUGAAACAUUCUGUCAUUUUGCGCAGUUCAGAUUUUUGUAAAUUUGAAAUCAUAUUCUGUUAAACUGUUUGUAAAAAGUCUGAUUUGAGUGGUGUGUUUUUACAUGAUAGGCAGUAAGGCGUAAGUAUGGCUUUUGUUUGGCAUUGUCAAUAAGAAAAAAAUAACACUGGUUUAAAAGAAUAAAUAAAAAAAAAUAAUCAGAUUGUA